AUGAGACUUUGCCGCUGUCUCCAAACCUUUCCGCGGACGCUGUUCAUGCGUUCAACAGUGGAGACACCCGCGCCAGCGGUAUCAUCUGAGCAGGACCUAAUGACAGCGGAGAAGCCCCUCUACGGCACGGAUGACGACGCCUCUGCAGCGCGCUUUACAAUUACGCGCAUCGAAGUGGGGAGGUAUCGUCAGUUCGAAGGAGGAGAUCAUAGUGCGGACGCGCCUCAGGAAGCCACUGCGUUCUCGGCCUUGGGUGGGCGUUUGGAACUCGAAAACAUUGUGUUGGAGGACGUGGAUAGUGUGUAUGCCGUCUUGAGGGAACACACCGAGGGUCUGCAUCCGAGUCGUCCUCAUGAGGACACGGAGAUCCGUCUGUACGUGUGUACGCACGGUGAGCGAGAUUGUAGGUGCGGCGACAUGGGUCGGAAGGUUGUUAGUGCUUUGAAGAAGGAAGUGAAGGAGAGGGGGGCCAGCGCGGACAGGGUGAGAAUUGAGGAGGUGGGGCAUGUUGGUGGACACCAAUACGCUGCGAACGUUUUAGUUUUUCCGCACGGCGAAUGGUUGGGACGGGUAACACCAGAGACUGUCCCCGAGUUACUCACCACCGUCCUUGCGAGCCCCAGGAGGCCUUUCACGCCUUCAGACCCCCCUUUGCUUAGAGAUCAUUGGAGGGGACGCACAGGGUUGGGGAAGGAGGAGUAG